AAGCGAUUCCCUAAGGUAAUUAGCUUUAAUAAUACUUAUAAUACUAAUCGUUUUAAGCUCUUUUUUUUUUUUAAGUUAUUAACGUUUAGCUUUAUUAAUAACGAAAAACUAAAAAGUUUCCGGUUUUUUUUCAUAAGUAUUUACUAA